CACUCGACGAGCACAGCAUUUCUAGUGCGCGUGUCCCCCGUCGUUGUUCUCAGUCUGGGCUGUGUCAAGGUCCUGCCGCGGCGUAUCUCGUGCGAAUCGGUUGUUCAUAGUCGCCUACUGCUAUCGCUAAUCGCGCGCAGUUUCUGUUUAGUGAUCGCUUUAUACUUUUUUGCCGUAAGCCCCCUUGCCAGUCUACUAAGACGAACCGUGCCUAGUGCGUUAUGUUUCUCUCUCGGUCCGUUUCUGCUGCCAGACGACUAGUCGUCGCCUCGAAAACAGUGAAACAACCCCCGGUGUACAACGGUGUAUCCGAAGUGGUCAGUUGCACAGCAAAUGGUCGCUCAUACGCUGCCAGCUCCGGUACCGUACGUAAUGCACCAUCGACCCCACUGGCAGCGGCACCAAAUAAUCACCAGCUCAGUCCAAAGUUCACGGCGGUGCCGGCGGAAGAUACGGGUCGAGCCGGCGAAGAUCCGCUAACUUCGCGGCCAGUGGGACACCACCGAUGGCUGAUAAGCAAAGCGUCGCUUUCGAACGAUGACCGUUCGCGGGUGGUGCUCCUUGUGCUCGUCGGUGAUGAUGAGACAUCGGCACGGCGAUACGAAUUUCCCGCCAUUUGGCUCCGCGACAAUUGCCAGUGUGAGUCGUGCUUCCACGCUGGCUCCUUGAGCCGUGUCCUGAACUGGGAACAGUUCGAUGUUGAACAGGUUCACGUGGCUGCCGUACAACCGAUCGACGGUGGCCACUCGUUGGAGGUACUGUGGAAAGGAGAAGACAAUGGUAACCAUGCUGCUGUUGGCCAUCGAUCGGUCUACAGCGUAGAAUGGUUGUUGGAGCGAAGUUUCCGGCCGGAAGAUAGCGAAGCCUACUUAGAGGAAUGGUACCGACCGGCACCGGAACUGUGGGGUGCGGCACGAUUCCACGAGGUGUUACAAGAGUUUUCCUACGCCGAUGUACUGCACGAGGACGAAGCGUUGAGGCAGUGGAUCGAGGCACUGAUCCGGUACGGGGUGGUGAUGAUCAAGGGUGCGCCAUUAACCGAGCACGAAUGUCGCCGGUUGGCGAAUCGGGUUGGGUUCAUCCGAAAAACACAUUACGGCGAGGAAUUCAUCGUAAAGGCCAAAGAGGGCACUAGCAACGUGGCGUACCUUUCCACUCCGCUCCAGAUGCACACGGAUCUGCCGUACUACGAGUACAAACCGGGCUGCAAUCUGCUGCACUGUCUGGUGCAAUCGACCGAUGCAGGCGGCGGUGGCGCCAACCUGAUUGCCGAUGGGUUCUACGUUGCCGAACGGGUACGGCGGGAACAUCCGGACCAGUUCCGGCUGCUGAGCGAAACGCUCGUCAACUGGACCGACAUCGGGGAGGACGAAGGUGGCAAGUUUCAUAGCAUCUACCGGGCACCGGCCAUCUGCAUUGGCCGUGAUGGAGAGCGGCUGGAGCGAAUCAAUCACAGUGUACCGCAGCGUGGUAGUCACUUCUGUGUUCCGAUCGAGCAGGUUGAUCGUUGGUACCGGGCAAUGAACCGAUUCGUGCGCAUCCUGCACGAGGAAGCGGUCCAAUUCCGGACAGUGCCCGGUGAUAUCCUUACCUUCAGCAAUGUUCGCGCGAUUCACGGUCGCACCGGAUACCGGGACACGGUACAGAACACACGCCAUCUCGUCGGUGCGUACCUGGAUUGGGACGAGAUCUACUCGAAGCUACGGGUACUCAAGACAGCCGCCAAGACGACCGCCACGGGAUGAAACCACCAACACACCACCGAAAGAGAGAGUUAAAUUGUUUAAAUUCUUUAUAUUAUUCUGUUCUGCUCCGUGUGUAUUCACUUGGCGCACACGUGCGCACGUUUCGCGUUUUAAAUGAUAAUGUUCGAAGUAAAAGGAGAGGAGGGGGGGGGGGG